AUGUUCUUGGGAACACUCACUAAACCUAUCAAUAAAAUUGAAAGUAACGGUUUGGUCGAGUCAAAAUUAGAAUUGUCUGCGUUAUGGAGGACAUUGGUACUUAUAUGGAUAAACUGUUUAUGUUUUCAAAAUUACAACAAUAUUGUCAUUUUUGUAAAAUGCAUAUGUAACACGAUCAUCGCUGAGGUAAAUAUUAAUAAUAAUUUAUUUUACUGUAAUUUUUUUUAAAAAUAUGUCUGAUGUUUUCAGUCAUCCAGACACGCAGAAGGGAAUUCUACGUUUCAAGGUGAACCAGCGGAGAACAUACACAAGAUUAAUGACGUUCUAGACAUCAUAAGUUAUUUCAAGUAAACCAAAUUAAUAGUUACUAUGUUAAUAAUAUUAAUGUAAUAUGUAGGUAAAUUAUGUAUGCUGCGGUAAUAUAUAAUCUUAAAAUGAUUUUUCGCAGAAAUCAAUUCAAAAUUGUUCAAAUGGGAUAUCUCUCUGAAAAAUUUGAAAAAUUCAAAUUGAAAAAUCCUGUAUUACGCAAUUUGAAACCACGUUAUUGGAACUUUCGUACUUGUGAUUUGUUUGAAAGGCUCGACGCAUUUGAGGAGAGGUUAAAUUGCCUCAAGGUGAGUGAGAAAUUAUACCAAGUACCCCUUGGGAAUUCUAUACUUGUGCGUACUGAUUUUAAAAGUUAAGAUGCAUAAUAUUAUAUAAUUCAAUCAGAAAUAGUAAAACAUGGUUAUUCUUUCACAUUUUAGUAUAUAGUUAGAUGGUUAAACAUUCUAUUUUUUAAAUCUAUAGCAAAAAUAAAAUAUUUAUAAAAUAUUAUAAUUUAAUAGUAUUACUCCUAUCUUCUAGUCAACUAUAUGAAAACUAUAAUCAUUUUUCAAGUAGGUAUUUAUAGUUUAGGUAUUAUUUGUACUGCAGUUUUUUUAUAAACAAAAUAAAUUUUGUCGACGAUUCAAAAGUUUUAUUCCUAUUAUAUACACCGUACUUUGUGNUCUAUGCUGCUUAACUUCAUCGAUUAUCAAAAAUUAGAAAAAAUCGAAGUGAGUGGACUCAUGAGCCGUAUGUAUACGCCAAUGCUCGAACGCGUGUUUCUUAGGUAUUCAAAGUACCUAGAGUUAAUGAGUUCCAUUGCGUAUGAUCCAUUGGACCUGUUUAACGAAGAGCCAAAUAAAUUAUUUCGGGAGAAUCAUAAUUACUAUGUAAACUUAUCAAAUGAUAUUGACCAUCGUUUAGCCACCCUGGCCAAAUCAUGUUACGAAAACAGUAACGAUUUAAUGACACUCCAUAAGGUAUAGCUCCUAUAUCUUUCUAUAUUUAUGUAGAUGUUUUUAUGUGUACAAAAUAUUACGUUGACAGUCGAUUUGCGUACAUUAACCUGAGGUGCAAGGGCGCGACCCGUUUCACCCAUAUUAGAUCUUUACCAUUUCGCCCAAAUACUCGUUUCGUCCAAAUACAUUUUAAUAAUUUUAAAAUUAAGUUGGCAAUGGUUUUUUAAUAAUAAUGAAAUUAUAAUAUUAAAAAUUACUUAAAAAAUCAUUACAAAAUAGAAAUUAUAAUUUUUUUAAAUGUCUAUACAUGCUUUUUACACUCAUACCAAGUUAUUUUUCAGAUCUAAAUAUGUAUAUAAAUGUAUAAGUUUUGAAUUAUAUCCUUGUCGUUCUCUCAUUUUUUUGUCUUAUUUUUAGAGGAGGGGGGAGAGAAUUUCAACACUACAAAUUUGUAUAAAAUAAUAAAAAACUAAUUUCUCAUAUACAUUUUUAAAUAAUUUUCUAUUUAUUUUAAUUAUUAUUAUUAUUCAAAAACAAUUACCAACUUGAUUUUAAAAUGUUUUUUGACGAAAUAGGAAAGGUCAAAUUUGGACUAAACGGGUCCCAUCCGGGAUAUACCCGUUAAUGGUUGGUUUAUAAUAUGCACGUACUGUGACUAUUUUCAGUUCUUAUUGGUGUUCGGUGUGGACUUGUUGGAAAAACCGAUCAUAGCAGAUUCCGUGAAAGAACACAACGAAAAAAUAUUGAGCCUGCUGGAAACAGAAUUGACCUAUCAGUUGGUGAGCCAUCUAUUAUUUUUGGUAUUUAAAAUAUAGGAACGAUCUUUUAACCAAAAACCGUAUUUGCCGUGGUUACUUGAUUUAUAGAAAAUCCUGGAUUCGAUGACCAGAACAAAGCUCACCAGGGAAGUUGAUAGGAAUGACUAUUAUGAGUCACGUUUCGUACCCGAAAAAAUGGACCUACGGUAUCCGCCGGUGGCCAGGAUAAUAAUAUGGGGCCACUCGCAGAAAAAUCGGUUAAUGGAAAAUGUCCUCUCAACACGGAGUUUAGAACUACC